AAAGCCCAUGAAAGUGGGCCUUAAUCAACCUUCAGUCCAUGACUCUCCUGCCGCUCCCUCUCCCUCUUUCUCUCUCAUGAAGUUUUUCAACAUUCUAUCGCACGACUCGCAACGGAAUUUAAAAUUCGAAAACUUACACCAUUUUUACUUUCAAUCCACUCUUCAAACCCUGUUAUUCUAAGGUUUAGGGUUUUCCAAAUGGACCCAGUUGCUUCUAUUGUCGAUAAUUUAAAGUCAUUUGUAAAAUCCGGCCAAGAUUUCAUCUCCGGCGUGUCUCGCCGCCGCCAGAAUAAGUCCCGUCAAAAUCCGGUAACAAGCCGUCUGAUGGGGCUUUACAACUCUUGCCAUGAUAUAAUUUUCAGAUUGAAAUCUUGAAGCGUUUGCAGCGAGAAGCAUUUUCUGACUUGAUGAAACUUAGAGACAGACAGGACAAAGUGGAAAGAAUGCUUACUUUCUCUAGGACUUCAAAGGGUAGUCCGUUUCAAGACUAUGGUACCAAUGUGAGGGGCGAAAUUGAUGUGAUGGGAACUUUAUUCUUAACGGAUUAUCUCGACCAGGAGAAUGUUGAUGCAAUCAAAAGGGCUGGAGUUAAAACAGGAAUAAAAGCGAGAAUCUCCUUUGAGACCAAAGUCCGUGAGAAUGAUAUUCUUGAGGCUCAGUUCAUUUCUAAUCAGAGAACCCACACAGAUUCUAGCAAUACUCUAGGGGGUGCUCUUUCUCUUGCUAAAGUAAGCUACACAGCAAACAUAUCUGACUGGUGCUCAAUGGUUGCAAUUCCUAUGGGGGCUAGAUGUAGAGACUUGUCAACUUCAACGGAUUCUUCAUUUCAGGAGAAAGGCCUUACUGAUUACUCAUCUUUUGGACCACCUCUGCUGCAUCAAGAUCAUGGAUGUGCAAUUGGUGUCACUGUAAGAAAAUCAAAUGUUGUUGCUUCUUUAGCUCAGUUAGCUGUUGAUCUACCUGGUUCAUUUGGCCAUUGCUUCAGCACCUUUGGUCAGAUCGUUUGUCAGCUCCCAAGGAGUGCAAAGCUCUCCCUCUUUGGUCUUCACCAGGUGCCAAAACCAAGACAACAGGCCAGUGCUAGAGCCUUGGCAAUACCAUUAGGCAUAUUGCGACGCCAGCAGCAUUCUGAGGAACCAAUGGCAACCUCACCCUCAGUUGCUGUGAUGCUUGAAUCUGAACUUGAUGAAAGCACUAGAGUUCGAGGGUGGUUACAAAUGAAGAACGACAAUCCAAAUCAUCUCCAGUGGUCAGUUAGCAUGUCUGACUUUCCAGAAGAUGAGAUUGGAUGGGGUCUAAGUUUGGGCGGGACAAUCCAAGGUUCAAAAAGGUGGGACCACUUUCAGGUUGAAGCGUUUCUGAAAUUCAAUUUGGGUAAGAGAUUGAGCUUGCAACCAGUUUUUGUUUACUUCAUGGAUGGAAAUAAGCAAAUUCCUGCCUUAAUGUUAAAUUCAACUUGGUCUAUUUGAUUUCUUGUACCAUAUCUUGGGAUUUGUGACAUUUUCUGACCAUGUUUAACCUUUUGUAGUCAGUUAUUAUCCUAAUCUUCCAUACCCAAUUAUAUUUGGAUGCAUCAUCAUAGUGUAUCUCAAGAACCUGCGAAUGAAGUUAGAAAAAGUUUGUGCUUGUCUUGUC